UUACCAACACCAUCAGAGGAAGAGGUAUCUAGGAAACCAAAGGAAGCUUUUCCACACCAAGGUAGCCUCUCCAUCUCUCAGGUCUUGGGUAUGGGGAUGCGGUUGCAGCCCCAGUGUCUGCAGCUGGACUCCGUACUGCAGACAGUGAGUGUCCUGGAGGCAGUGAUCCGGAGGAGCUUUGGUCCUGAUGGAGGACAGGUGCUGUUCACACGGGACACGGGGCAAACUCUGCUGACACGCCACGGAACACGCAUCCUCACAGCCCUGCGGGUGGAACACCCGCUGGCCAGGAUGGUGGUGGAGUGUGUGAGGAGACACAGCUCGGUGACAGGAGACGGCUCCAAGACCUUCGUCCUGCUGCUCGCCUCAUUGCUACGGGAGAUACAGAAACACACCCGAAAAGCCCGCUGGGAAGGCGCAGGUGCCAAGCGUUUGGCUGGAGCUCUGUUGGACUUCGGAUUGGACGAGCUCAGUGAUGUCAUCACUGUUGGAGUGGCUCCACAUGGCUCCUCCCUUUCAGACCCACAAACCCCAGGACAAACAGACACACACACUCUGUGCCGCCUACUCAGUGCUUUCCUUCACACCCGGAUCAGCCCUACUCMUGCUGAARUCAUCAGCCRACUGAMCUGUGAGCUGCUCUCSCAUUGGAKYUGCCAUGGCGACUUCRUWAACGAACACUUCCCUGCUCUGCACACAGCAGUAUCAGGCUUCCCUAUUGGCUGUUCCCGUCUGCUGGAGGGCCAGGUCAUACAUGCAGAUUUCUCUACACCCCUCCCACUCAGCGACCAUGGACCAAUCAGGGCCCUWGCGGUGACGGAACCCCUGGAACCCAGCCUGCUGAUUGGUGGAACUGUGCUGGAGCUGGGUGGGGCUAAUAGAGGAAUAGAAAGUGUGUGUGUGAGAUUAGGGCGGGGGUUAGACAGUGUGUGUGUCAUUCUACAGCAUCUAGGAGUGUCUCUGCUCCUCUCAUCAGUCAGACAGUCGGAGGCCGUCCUGGCUGCAGUGGGGAGGUACGGGGUGUGUGUGUUAGAGUGUGUGUGUGAAGACGACCUCACCUUGUUCUCUGUGAUCAGUGGAGCCCAGCCUGUCUCAGACUGGGCUGUGAUUGGACAAGAACAUGUUGCUACGGUUACCUUCUGCCGGCCGCUGGUGCUGGGAGCUCACAGGUAUGGUAACAGGACAGUUACACACGCUCACACACACACACACACUAUUCUAAUUAUGUGGUUUUCUGUCUCUCCCAGGUUCGUCAAUGUGGGGUUUCCUAAGACAGAGGACAGGGGCAGACCCCACAGUCUGGUUGUGUGUGGACUGACAGAGGGCCAGACGGAACAGAGUGUAUGUGCUGUACGAGAUGCUCUACACAUGCUGCAUACUACCUGGGGGCCCAAACACAGGACUAGAGCUACAGAGAGAACGGCACGCGCAGACGUGAUGGAGCCUUGUUGUGUCAUUUCCGUGGGCGGGACUUUUGAGUUCCUGUUACACCACACCCUCCUACAGCGCAAACACGGACACACACACUCUGUCACACACAGACACACACACACUCCGUCACACACAGGCACGCACACUCUGUCACACACAGACACACACACUCCGUCACACACAGGCACGCACACUCUGUCAAACGCAGACACACACACUCUGUCACACUUGGACAACCCUACCGUCUCGGGGAUGCUAGCAGAGGCCCUACUGAGUGUGCCCAGACAGAUCUACUCCCACAAUCCUCGGCGCUACCUGGAGGCUCACGCGCACACUCUCAGUUGCAUACGUAACCAUGGUAUCUCUCCGGACCCGCCGGAAAUGAGUGCUGUUCUGGCAGCGGAUGGUUCUAAUAUGGUCCAGGCUGACACUGGGUCAGGAUCUGGGUCAGGGGUUAAGGAGAUGUCGGUUUGGUCAAGCUCUGGCUCUAGUUCAGGUGUGGAGUCAGUGUCCUGUAAGUAUCAACUGAUCCUGGCUGUUCUACAGUGUCUCAGGAGUCUACUGUCUGUGGACACUGUACUACACGCUAAUAGCUCACACACACUCUCACACACCUGUCAGAGAGAAGAGGAGGAGGAGGAGGAUGAUGACUGAGAACUCAUACUUGAAUUCCUUUGUGUUUUUGUUUCAUUGUUCAUCCAAAUGUUUUGUAUUCACUGCUUGAAAAAGUAAUCUAUUUGUGUAGUAUGUCUUUGCAGAUGAAUUUGUAUGUUAAUAAAUCUGAUUUUUGUUUGAUGAAA